AUGGGUCGCACACCAACUGGAAAUCCACAUGGGAGACCUCAAGGGCUGAAAGGGGAGAAACUCAAGAUUCUCAAGGACAUGGAGGGUGCAUAUGAGAAAAUCCCAUCGGACAUAGCAAAACUAGCUGCCAGAAAGAUUGUGGAGCUAUGGGGUACCAGUACUGCCUUGUGCGCAGUACCCGAAGAGGGCAUUUAUACACCAGAUGAACCUCUUGAGAAGUGGCCAGAGGGUUUGGAACGCGAUAAUGCGACUUAG